GGAAAACAAUGCGAGCGGUGAGAGCCGGUCGCAGCGCUGACAGUAAAACAUAGAAAGUGGCGCAAGAAUUUAUGGAAGGGAAAUAGGCUGGCCGAGUCGUUGACGCUGCUUACUUUUGCAGAACUCGACUCGUGCGGGCCUCCCCCAUCCCCCAAUUAAAUUAUAAACCUAAAUCUUUUUUACUUAAAAGUUACAUUACAAUUAACAAUAAUUGGUUUUUCCCCAAGGCUUAUAUGUAUAACCUGUGUGAUUACACGACCUGCUACUCGGAUGUGUCAACAGUCUAAUUCCGAUUCAUUAACCUUUCUUUGGUGAUCUGUGUUCUAAUAUUCCGACAACGAAUUCAUACCCGAACUUGGGAUAGAUCGGAGGUAAGAAGUCGAGGUGGAAUAUCCUGUUUGGUCAGUACUCUGUCGUUGAUUUCUCCGUCGCCUCCUUUGUCCAAAAACAAUGGAAGAAGCUCAUUCAGUGAAUAGUCCAAGACGGGUCCUAAGCUUCUCCAAGAGAAAGAAGCAAAAGCCCUUCGGGUUUCACGAUCCAGACAGCAUAAGGUCGUCUCAGCUCAGAGCAUCACAAGUGCAGGGACCUAAACCCUCUGAGGUUUAUGGUUUUGUAGGGUCCAUAUCUACCGUUGUUGCCACAGUGAUCUUCUUGAUAUGGGCAUAUGUACCAGAUCAACUGUUGGAGUCUAUAGGGAUCCAUUACUACCCAAGCAGGUAUUGGGUAUUGGCUAUGCCCACCUAUCUGAUGGUGACUUUGCUCUUAGGUUUGGCCUUUUACAUUGGUCUCAACUUCAUCGCCACUCCACACCCUACCUCUCUCAAUACCUUGUUUGAUGAGUACAGUCGAGAACCUGGGGAAAUUGAUUCUCAGAUGGAGGAUGGGGACGAGAGGCCUAUAGAUCCAAUCUCUGACAUUGAUAUUACAAGAAUUAAUCAUCUUAUGUUCAAUUCAAGUGAUGUCAUGUGAUAAUUUUGUUUGAAUUCUUUGGAAGAUAAAACCAUCUAGCUUUUGAUUAAGUUAAUGACUGGUGGUGUUAAGUGAAACUGUUACUAUGUUUUUUUCUCCCAAUCUUUAUCAGUAGAGCUCCUUGUCUGUCAAUAAAGGAAACUGCAACAAAUAGGUUGUAUCAUAAUAGAAAUUCCAAUUUUCUUUGCAACAUAAAUAAAGGAAAAUACCAAC